AACAAAAACAAAAACCAAAGACAAACUGUAUCCAAGCAGGCAGAGUAGGACCUAAGAAACAAAACUCAAGAGAGAAAAAUCCAAAUAAAAAUUAACAGUAUUCCGAGACACACCAAAUCCCUUACUGUAUACAUUAAGAUAUAUCUAAGCACAUUUGGAGUAUAUUAGGAGGCAUUCCCUGCCACGGACAUGCUGCACCACAACACUUUGGCCACCACCAGUUCCCUGAGAUUGGUUCGUGGCCGCGUUCACCGUCGCCCGCUGCCAAAUCGCUUCCAGGAGCACCGCCAGCGGCUGGAGAGGGCCACUAGCCGGGUGGACCAUCGACCGCCACGGUUGCCCGCUAUGCAGCUAAAUGGACUUCCGGCCCUUUCCCAGGAUGCCCGCCUCUUCCUGCAGCGAACCCAUGAGAAUGCCCACCUGCUGCUGAAUCUAUCGCGGAUUAGGCGCAUUGGCGGUACCGUUGGCCUUUUCGACGAUCGCAUUCCCCAGAGCCUUUCGUCGCUGCCCCAUAUGAUGCGACGGGUCGAGGAGCUGCAGCGCCAGAACGACUUCCUGGGUCAUCGGCUCAUGAGUGUCCACGGGAAGCGGCAGCGGCGUUGGAACGAUGGUCAUCCGUUGGCCACGACCGGGAGGCGACCAGGUCUGGAGCUGGCACAGGAGCUCUCUCAGACCACUACUCAAUCGUAUCUGCCGGACUCGAAGAGCGAUGUGUUUGCAAAGUACUCCACCUGUGCUCUGGAGCUGCCCGGGAAUAGGAGCGAGCUGCUGCGACUGCUCCGGCCCCGGAUUGUCCUGUACUUUGGCCUCAUGGACGGCCGUUCGCUGGGCCGGGUGGUGAUUCAGCUAUACACCGAGGCAGCACCGCUGGUGGUGCUCCAGUUCAUUCGCACCUGCCAGCGCCAGCGGGCCCAUGAGUUUGCCGUGCGCCGCAUCUUCCCCAAUCUCUGGCUGGAGGGUUACCUCCUCGGUUGCAACCGGCAACAAGGACACUCUGCGGAUCCGCCACCCCAGCUCCGAGACCCCAUGGAGUUCGAUACGCGCGUGUUGAGCCACGAGCGGCACAACUGUGUCCUGUCCUGCGCCAAGGAGUACUGCGUCCAUGGAUUUCCCGGCGGAGCCAUCAACUUUAGCAUCAGCUUUAAGCCACUGCCCGCGGCCAAAGGCCAGCGGGUGGCCUUCGGCCGGGUGGUGCGCGGCGCCAAGGUCGUAGGAUGCAUGCAGUUGUAUGGCACCAAGAACGGCAAGAUGGUAAGACCGCUGGUCAUUACCCACUGCGAUGUGUUGUAGAGAGGACGGAUGCUGGAUGCGAUGGGCUCCUAAGGAGGCUUCUGGUGCUCUUCCUGCCAGGCGAAGACGAUUCCCUAACUUAUACGUGAGGAAUCCUGC